GCAAUUGACCGUGAUGAAGCUGGGGAAAAAGAUAUCUAUAAAAUAGAUCAAUUGCAGGCUAUGAAAUGGAUUAAGAUCGCUUGGAGUGAAGUAUCAGCUGAAAUGAUCAGAAGAUGUUGGUUCCGUACAAAAAUUGUAUCCCCCCGUGAUGAAAAUGGAAUACCUGUCAUCCCUCCCAUUGCUGUUGAAAGCAUUAAUAAUGUAGAAGAUGAAUUUGUUGUGCCGCCCCUAACCGGAGAAGAGCAAUUGAUUAUUUUACGUAGUGCCCUAAGGAUUGUUGAUGAGAGAAUCGAUGAUGGUGGAGUAACAAUGAAGACAUUACGCAAGCUACAAACCUGUAUCCGUGAGGAGAUUCGAAAAGAGAAAGUCGGAAAGCAAGUCCAACAAAAACUAGAACAAUAUUUCCAAGCUUGA